GAUUAUACUUUGGGUAUUUUGGACAUUAAGUUUGAAUUCAUUAUCUAGCAAUAAGUAUAAAACCAGUCUAAGCCAUCAAAAAAAUAGUUCUUGUUUUGAAAAUUUGACUGCUAUCGUAUUAAAUACCAAAUUAAGUUUAAUUCGUCUGGAUUGUUUAGUUAUUCGUAAUUAUUAUAUUAAAAUGAAAGCGUACAUUAAUUUGUGUCUGACCAUAAUUAUUUUACAGACAUUCCAUGUAUUUCAGCAAACCAGAGCUAAUCAAGGAUUAGAUACAAAUAUUUCAACAACAGAUGUUUUGGGAUCUACUGGAUAUGCCAAUAGAGUACCUAUGAACUACAGAGGUAGAGUUUCAACUGAUACACAUAAUGUACAUGAAGUUGACGGCGCAAACGGUGGGAAUACUGGAUAUGGAGUUAGUGGUGGGAAUACUGGAUAUGGAGUUAGCGGUACAAGUGGUGGGAAUACUGGAUAUGGAGUUAGCGGUACAAGUGGUGGAAAUACUGGAUAUGGAGCUAGAAAUCCGAAAUACACGAUUAAUGAAAAUGGAAUUGGUGAAAUACCGAAUGUGAAUAGUGAUAAUAGAUUUAGCGGUGUGAGCAGCGGGAAUACUGGAUAUGGAGCUAGAGAGCCAAACUACAUAAAUAAUGGAAAUAGAGUCAGUGAAAUACCCAACACGAACAGUGGAUAUGGAGUUGGUGGUACAACCAGUAUGAAAACUGGAAAUUUGGUUAGAGAUACAACCAACACGAAUUAUGUGAAUGGGGUUAGUGGCACGAGUGUAGCAAAUGAUCAAACUAACACUUCUUCUCAGAAAGAAAUGAUCAAUCAAUCUAGAAAACAGUUAAUGGAAUCUCUUAAGACCACUGGCGCUAACCGGGUGGUAGAUGUCUUAGAUACUGCAAGUAUUGCGACCAAAGUAGCCGAUAACGUUAUGACGGGUAUUACGGACUUAAAUCACAACGGCCUAAGUCUCACUAAUCGUGUAGCGAUGAGAAAAAUACAAAUGGGUGGCAAAGCUAUGAACACAGCUGCUAGUGGUGUUGAGGGACUCAUAAGCGGCGUAGAACAAAUUGGAGGAGCUGGUGUUGAGGCUACAAAAUCGGUAUACAAUCCAGCAGUGGCCACAACGGCUAACAUGAUUAGAGGCAGUGGUCGUGUUAUCGCUAUACCAAUAAAAGUAGCGAAAACUGUAACAGGUUUUAUUGGAGGCGAACGCACUAAUACUGCAACACCGGUAGCAGCAGUCGCUUGAAAAUCAAGUUAAAUAUAAAUUGAUAAAAAACAAGCGUAAUUAGCAGUCAUAUAAAAAUAUAUUUCACUGUGCUCACAAGAAUUUUAUUUGUCUCAUGCAUUAGGCAUAAUGCUUAUAAUUUUUUUCCAGAUUUUCGUUAAAUCAUUUUUAGUUAUAUUUUAUUAUUUGGACAAUAUGCUUCAGUAAAUAACAAAAUGUAAUACUAUAAUUUUACUACAUUUAUUUUCAUUUUUAAGCUAAAUAGUAUUUUAUAAAAUUGAUUUUUGUAAUAACAUUUUGACUUGAAAUUUAACUUUACACAUUUCAAAAUUUAUAGCACAUGACUAU